AUGGCAAAUAUAAGUGGAGCUCUUAUUUGGGAAUUAACCAAAAACAACAACUGUUUUCUUAAAAGAAAUAUAACAGGAAAAAAGGAAAAAUUAUUGUGCGACCCUUAUAAUUUAAGAUGCAAAAAUACAAAAAAUAGUAGUGGUUUGGUAAAUGAUAAUGCUGUUAAUCUCAGAUUAAAUAAGGGGAAAAUAUUUUUAUGUGUCAAAUCAACCACCAAAAAGCAUAUCCGAAACAAACAACUAAGAGCAAAAAAUGCAAAGAAAGUCGAAUCGUUAAUUGAAGAACACACUAAAAAUAACAAUGUCCCAAAAAAAACCUUAUUAAAAAAAUACAAGCGUUUAUCUAAAACACACGAAACAAAUACCAAAUCAAAUAAAUAA